AUGGGCAUCCUCAAGAACUUGGUGAUAGCCGUGACUGGCACCCUCGGCGCCGAUGCUCCCCAACUCAAGAAGUGGAUCGAAGCCAACGACGGUCGCUACUCUCCCAGCGUACGCAAAGGUGUCACGCAUCUGGUCACGGGCCCAGACGCGUGGAAGAACGCGACAGACCCAGUGCAGGCCGCAGUCCAAGUGGGCGCCUUGGUCGUCAGCUACGACUGGCUCGAGGACAGCCUGCAGAGGAAGAGGAAGCUCGCCGAGACCAAGUACACGUGGGAGUACUUGUGGCAGGAGAGGAAGAGGAGGAAGCAGAUGAAGCGGCUCGGCACGCUGAACGAUACCAUGAAGUUCAACGAUGGCUGUCGCGAGGCGAACAAGGCUACGAGUACAGGUACGUCCAAGUCUCGCACCGCCGCCCGCAAGCCCAAGCCCUCGACGAGCUUCUUCUUCGCGGAUGUGGUCAACGUGCCGUUUGUGUCUGCCGCGGACGAUCUGAAGCGGAGGAGGGAGGAGCGCGAAGCGGGCAAGGCGACGCGAGCUGAGGAGGCUGCAGCGAGCAAGGUCGAGGAUGCGAAGAGUAACAGAGCCGGUCCUCACGCAGCUGCGUCUCUCACGGAGAAGCUCUCCUCUCCCUCCUCGGCGACAUCGCAGGCCCUCGGCUCCGCAUCGUUGCAGAUCGCCGCCCCUGCUGGACUUGAAGCUAAGAAACCUUCGCUCAAAGAUCUGUAUCACUACUACCUCGACAUCACGGGCUUCGAGUACAAGAUCAUCCUCACGCGGUGCGACCUCCGCGCCGGCGAGAUCUCGAGAUACAGACUCAGCAUUCUCGAGAGCCACACCAAACCGCACGUGUACUGCACUUUCGUCGAGUACUUCCCACCCGGCACCGGAGUCGCAGGCGCAGGCGAAGCAGGAUGCAUCCAAGCACUGAUGGACUACACCACGACGUUCCUCGACUGCCGUGCGGAAGAGCCAGAUACAGACAGCACCAGCAUAGACAACGAUGAAGAGACGCCGCACACUCUCCUCUCGUCCCCACAACAGCCCACCACCCCCACCCACCCACGCGCAUCACACCUGCUCUCCCUCCUCUCUCCCGCCAUCCCCUCCUCCACAUCUCCCUACAAAACCCUCCUCGCGCCAAUGAACAGCCCCUUCACCACCGCCUGGCACAUAUUCCGCCACACCUUCCGCGACCUGACGCUGCUAGCAUGGGAAGAGCGCUUCGACGUCUCAAAAACCCUCUACAAAGCGCGCGCCGCCCACUUGGGGACCGAGCCGUUCGUCUACGUCCGGCCGAAAGCGGGCCUCCCAUUGGGGCUGCGGGUGCAGGAGGCUGGGCUGGGGCUGAAUCCCGUCGUGGCGGAGAACAACGACGGUGUCUCGGGCGCGCUGGUGGGUGGUGGUGCUGAGGAGGUGUACACGCGCAACGCCCACUCUCUCCCAGCCCUCACUCUCGCGCUCGGCUCCGGCAUCGUCGGGUCCGCGGUGCAGCGGGAUCUAGACGCUGUGCGGGAUGCGGCGGAGAAGGAGAAGCGGGUUGCCGAGGAGCGAGCGCGUGGACUGGGACUGGGGCUGGGACAGGACUUGAAGUUGGAGAAGAAGAUGAAGAAGCCGGAUUUUUCCCGUCCGCUGUUUAAUGGCGUUACGGGCCGGCCGGCGGUGGAUGCGUCGAGGCGGUACGCGCGGGGUGGUUGUGGUGGUGCUGCUGGGAGUGGAAGGGCAGGGGGAAGUGGUUUGCAGGGAGGUGUGAUGAAGAGGAGGCUUUUUCCACCGGAGAGGCGAGAGGCGUGA